GACGUUCCGCUGCGCCGUGCGCAGCCGGAAGUGACCGGGCCCUAAGCGGGAGGGGACCUGGCGGAGCGGAAGUCACUCCGUGAGGCAGUGGCGACGGCGGCGGUGAGAGGAUGAACAACAAGUUCGACGCAUUGAAAGACGAUGACAGUGGGGACCAUGAUCAGAAUGAAGAAAACAGUACACAGAAAGAUGGUGAGAAGGAAAAAACAGAACGAGACAAGAGUCAGGGCAGCAGUAAGAGGAAGGCUGUUGUCCCUGGACCAGCAGAGCAUCCCCUGCAGUACAACUAUACUUUCUGGUACUCCAGAAGAACCCCCGGCCGUCCCACUAGCUCACAGAGCUAUGAACAGAAUAUCAAACAGAUUGGCACCUUUGCCUCUGUGGAGCAGUUCUGGAGGUUUUACAGCCACAUGGUCCGUCCCGGGGACCUGACAGGCCACAGCGACUUCCAUCUCUUCAAAGAAGGAAUUAAACCCAUGUGGGAGGAUGAUGCAAAUAAAAAUGGUGGCAAGUGGAUUAUUCGGCUGCGGAAGGGCUUGGCGUCCCGUUGCUGGGAGAAUCUCAUCCUGGCCAUGUUGGGGGAACAGUUCAUGGUCGGGGAGGAGAUCUGUGGGGCUGUGGUCUCUGUCCGGUUUCAGGAGGACAUUAUUUCAAUAUGGAAUAAGACUGCCAGUGACCAAGCAACCACAGCCCGAAUCCGGGAUACGCUUCGGCGAGUGCUUAACCUACCUCCCAACACCAUUAUGGAGUACAAAACCCACACCGACAGCAUCAAGAGAAGUCUCAUAAUGCAGCCAGACUUGCAACCACCAGGGGACCACCAGGAUAAAACUUGGCACAGAGCCACAUAAAGCAGCAGUCUCUUUUGUGAGGAAAUUCCUCUUUGGAAUAGUCCCAUUGAGUUCCUUUGUGUGUCUGGCCUGGAACGGAAAAGGGGAAGACAGGGCCAGCUUCACUCAGUGGGCCACAGUACUGGGGAGUCUGACCAGACCCCUCUGCAGAGGAAGUUGAGGGUAGGUGACUUCUCUUUAUUACUUUAUUCCAGAGGAGAGAUGGGUCAAACCUGGGGACUUUGCUUUACCACGUCUAGAUACCAUUGUAUGUAGACAUUGAAGUUUGUAGGCAAGAACCAACCAUCCCUUCCUCUGACGUGGCUAAAUCAUGGGAUCGUAGCCUGGUGGCACCAGGUCACACCAGCAUAAUUGCUGGCCUGGCUUUGCGUCUAGGAGAUGUUCCCCCAUACUGAUGCUCAAAGCCAAGAAAGCCCAGGCUAGCGGAGGCGGAGCAUGUCCAUGAGUAUUGAGGGCCAGCUGCAUGCAAGGCUGUGAACCAGGCUUUGAGUGGAGUGGGGGCAAGUACAGUUACAGAGAAAUGAGAUCUCGGCUCUCAGAAUUUGCUUUCUGGUAAGCGAGCUGGGACAAGAGUGGUCUUUAAAAGACUGUCACUUUGUCAUUUGAAUCUGUUCAGAAUCCCCUGUAGACUCUGCUAAUCUCAGAGUAAUUUUUUUUUUAAAGAAACUCCAUUCAUUCAUUGGACACUUAUAACAUUUAACUUGUUCUUUCUUUACUUUUAGAAGAAGCAAUUUUUAAUAUUACCUAGUAUGCAUAGGAUGUCAGAUGGAGAAUAGUUAGAAUAUGCACACUUGGCUUUAGGUGGUUGACUUGCCUCUUAGCCAAGCAUUGGCCUACGUAAGUGUGAUUGUUCCAGUGACUGUGGCCAACUGUUUGGUGUCCAUUGAGUCCGUGUAAGGAAAUUACUAGACCCAGCCUCUUCAUGUGGAGGUUUAGCACCUGAAGAAGAUACCUCUGAAGAAAACGGGAGGGCGGUUUCAUACUGGAAUGGAUUAGAGGGAGCUCUGAAAUCUGUAAUUCUGCAGGUUCUUAACACUGAGAACUGUUCUCUUUGGACUAGCAUAGGCCUUUCUGGAAACAAAAGGAUAAAUGAGAUGAAGCUUCAACACAGCCAUGUAAUUUGUUGAUGCCUAAGUUGCUUAAAAUAGGAUUGAAAUCUCACUAUUAGAAGGAAAGAGGGGUUUCCUAGGUCGCUGCCCAAACAUCGGAUUUGCUUUACCCUUAAUCUUCAUGUGGAAGGAAGAAUGAAAUAGCCUUCUGAUCUCACUCGUGGACUCAGGACGUUCAUCGCAUCAGCAUCUCCAGAAAGGGCUGUGGAACAGAUGUCUUGCUUUGGAGACUGAGUUUGUGAAUUGACAAAGACUGGCACGCUUGAUCAGCGGUCUUACGUAUUUCUUCAAUCGUUAGCAUGUCUUAGUAGCUUUGGUAAUACUCUCUAAAGACACCAUUACCUGCAGAUCAACCUCUUGUUCUAAGAGAUCAUUAACUUAUAAUUGCUCCUGUUCAAAAGGAAAAAAAACUAAUGAAACUGGUAUAAGUAUUACCUGGAAGAAGGAAUUUGUUGUACCAGGUCUCUGUAUUUAAAUCCCUCCCUACUUAAAGAAAACCUUCCUGUGGAAGGCCUGGUAAUGAAGUAUAUUCUAUUGGCCAUAAUAUCACACCUGUAGUGAGUGACACAUGUGUUGUCACCCAAGAUACUGUCAUUCCUUUAAACUGAGAAUGGAAUAAUUGCCAGUAAGGAAUUUUAGACUUACAAGCAUUGAAUUACCCAUUAUAUGAUAUAUAUAAGUUCCCAAGGAAUUUGCCAGGUAGUCUGUCCCUAAUAGAGCUGAAAAGUGGCUGGGGCCGAAAGGUAGGACAUCAGCUUCUCUGAGGAAACUUGAAGUGGUUUAGGGCUUCAAGGACACGUGAGGGAUCUGGUUUUCUCCCGGUUCUUUGGCCAGCAGUCACCAACGGCUUGUUCUUCGUGGAGCGGCAUCCAGAGAGACCGGGCACCCUGCAGUCCUGUUUCUUACUCCUUCCUAACCCCAAUCACUAAAUCAAGUUAAUUGGCAUGAAAGUUACAAGGAUCAUUGAGCCCUAAAAAUUUGAGCUGCAAUGACCUGCACAGUGUAAGGUAGUAAUUACAUGGGCAUUUCCAGAAACGGAUGGAAUCUGAUACAGAUUUGGGGUGUGAGUUGGGAAGGGCCCGACAGUUGGAAAUGAGAGCAGAGAAAGCGCUUUAGUUGCUUCAUUGCAUCUGCAGCCAUCGUAAUGCUUCUGGGCACCUGCCUUUACCCGCAGAGUGAGGCCUGAUGAAGAACAGUAGUCCUGCCACCUGCCCUCACGCCCCCAAGGGCAGAAAGCCCUCUACCCCAGUGAUUGGGGGUGUCUCCAGGGGGGAUUGAGCUUAGCUCUGACCUCCUGGGCCUCCCUGUAGACUUGAGGCAGCAGGUAGAAGGACUGGCAGUUGCUUGAGGGGACAGGGCCAGACUUCGCUAGUCAAGCCAGCCAGGAGCAGUGCCAACUGGCCGCCACUGCUGAUGUGAGGGCAACGUCUAGAGGGGGAAGGCUGACCGCUGCUUCCAGGUACUGGUGCGCUCCGCCCGACCUUGAGGUAUCUCAAGUGGGAUGUGGGGUUAUCGUGUCUGUGCUCUCUUUGUUAAAAAGCUGUUGAUCUGAAUGUGCUAUUGUGUUUUU